AUGGCAAAGCUGCUUUACACAAUUUGGGCACUUUUGUUAAACAUUUUUGGGUUACCAAUUUUUCGAACGUGCUUCGCAAACGCCAUGGAAGACGAACAAUGCGAAUCCCUUCUCUUAGGGCCACCAUUUAGUUCAUUCUUCUUCAGUAUGGGAGUGUACAUCAUUAUUAUUAAUUCAACCCUAUUUCCACCAUUUUUCAAUAAGCCAAAAAUGGUUUUCCUAAUUUUGUAUGAGUUUCUAGCCACUGCAUUCUUUCUGGAAUUCGCGAUGGCCUGCAUUUGGACACCGAUCGACGUGCUUUUAUCCUCGACAUUGCCAUCGAAUCUUUGUCUCGUAAUAUUACAGUUACAUAAUUUAUAUACAACAAAAAUAGUACCUCAGAAAUUACAUAAAUGUGAAAGUUUAAGGCUUGGAUAA